GAAGACAAAGAGUGUUACACCGACCUGACCUACCAUUGAAGUCGAAGUUUGAUUGACCCAGCGGGCUAUUAAAAGUUACUGCGUUGAUAUCGGAAUGGUUUGCCUAUGGCAUUCAUCGCGUGCUAUGCAAAUUGGGUCUUUACAGUGGUUGAGGUUUAAUUCGCCACGAAUUAACCAGAGAAACACGUUUCAUCAUAUUCCUUCUCAGAACAAGUGGUCCACACUGCACCUCAAACAACUCCAACAUCGGUGCAUUCAACAUGGGAACAAGAGAUAUUACACAGAAUCGGCUAAGAAACCCGUCCGAAUAGGCUGUGCAUCAGGAUUUUGGGGAGACACUGCAACUUCAGCCCCACAGCUCAUAUAUGGAGGGAAUGUGGACUUCCUUGUGUUUGACUACCUCUCUGAGAUCACCAUGUCUCUGCUCACAGCUGCCAAAGCCAAGGUCCCUAAUCUAGGCUAUGCACCAGAUUUUGUCCAAGCUGCCAUUGCACCGUUCAUCAAAGACAUCCAUAAGAAAGGUAUCCGUGUGGUGAGCAACGCUGGUGGCGUGAACCCUCUGGCGUGUGCUGCCGCGUUGCAGGAAGUGGCCCAGAAGGCCGGCCUCAACAUGAAGAUUGCCGUGGUGACCGGAGAUGACCUCAUGCCUCAGAAAGACUCCCUGGGAAAGGUCAGAAUGGUGGACACAGACGGUCCGAAGUCUCUACCUAAAAUGCUCCACAGCAUGAACGCCUACCUUGGUGCUAUGCCCAUCAAACGUUGCUUGGACCAGGGGGCGGACAUCGUGGUGACCGGCCGCUGUGUGGACAGCGCUGUGGUGUUGGGCCCUCUCAUGCACUCGUUCGGUUGGGAUCAGAGUAACUAUGACCUUCUGGCUGCUGGAAGUCUGGCUGGUCACCUGGUAGAGUGUGGGGCCCAGAGCACUGGAGGGAUCUUCACUGACUGGCACCUGGUGCCUGAUUGGGACAACAUGGGUUUCCCCGUGGUUGAGUGCUCAUCGGACGGCUCCUUCAUUCUAUCCAAACCUCCUCGGACAGGCGGCAUUGUGUCCUUCGGCACGGUGGCCGAGCAGCUUGUUUACGAAAUCGGUGACCCGCGGCGCUAUCUACUUCCUGAUGUCACAUGUGACUUCUCCCAGGUCACCAUCACGGAAGUGCCAGGAGUAGAGGGAGGUGCUGUGAAAGUUGGCGGAGCCAGAGGCCUUCCACCAUCAGAAGAUUAUAAGGUGUGUGCCACAUACAUGGAUGGCUUUAGGGCCACAGCGGUGUGUCCAGUGAGCGGGCCCAGAGCAGCUGAGAAGGGAAGACGUACUGCUGAGAGCAUCAUCAAGAGAGUCAGGCGCAUAUUCAAGCAACUAGGCAUGGAGGACUUCAGCGCAGUGAACAUCCAGGCACUGGGAGCAGAGGACACCUACGGGCCUCACGCCUCUGGCAAAAGUACCAGAGAGACUGUUCUGUGGAUGUCCGCCCACCAUAAACAGAAGAAGGCGCUGGAGAUGUUCGCCAGGGAGAUAGCACCUGCUGGAACAGGCAUGGCUCCUGGGCUCCUGGGGAUCGUAGGGGGCAGGCCUAGAGUGUCACCUGUGCUGAAGGCCUUCUUCUUCCUCCAUCCUAAAUCAGAAGUCAAGGUUGACAUCCACCUCAAUGGGGAGCUGGUGGAGACGCACACAGAAGUGACCCCAUCCACCCUCUCCUCAACCCCACCCUCCGAGACCCCCGACACAUCUGAAGAUCUGCCCAGCGGCCCUCACAAUUAUCGUCUGGAAGACUUGGCCUACACCAGGAGCGGGGACAAAGGUGACUCCGCCAACAUCGGAGUGGUUGCGCGGCAUCCCCUCUUCUACCCGUACCUGAAGAAGCACUUGAGUGCCUCAGUGGUGCAGGAGUACUUCCAGCACCUCAUUCAGCAGGACGACUCCCACAGACCAGCAGUCACCAGGUUUGAGUUGCCUGGCAUCAAUGGCCUUAACUUUCUUCUACAAAAUUCCCUUGGUGGGGGAGGGAUAGCAUCACUGCGCAGUGACCCUCAGGGCAAAGGUUAUGGACAGAUGCUGCUGGACUACAAACUGAAGGGACUGCCUGAUCUAAAAUCACUGGUGGACUAAAACAGUGCCUCUUAUGUUUAACAUUUGAACAUUGGUAACACUUAAUGAACUGAAUAUUUUUAUAUCCAUUAAAACAUUUGAAUGUUAUGUUGGAAAAAUAACUGUAUAGAGAUCAUUUUAUAUCAUAUGACAAGAUUAAAAUAAUAAUUGAGAUCUCCUCAAUAUCUUCA